AUGGCCUAUCGGACCGAGAUGGUGAGCAGAUCGAACGACGGACCUGAACAGCCUGAAACGAAGCCUAAACGUGUAGGCGUUCAAAGCUCAAACUUGCAGGGACUCUACUACUCGUACUACAAGACCAUCAUCACGGCGCCCUCAUUCCUGGAAGGCGUCGAACAAAUCACGCGCGACACGGUCACCGAGCACGGCCACGAAAUCAACACGCUGAACCGGUUCAACUUGUAUCCAGAAGUAUGAUCCCCCGGUCCCUCGUUGCUCAAAACAACAUUUCUCCGUUUUUUUUUGUUCAGGUCCUCCUCGCGUUCCUCUACCGUCCGUUCCGCGCGUUCGCCAAAUCGGCCAACUGGCAAGUGGAACUGUGUUGGCAAGUGAAUCGGGGCGAACUGAAACCGGUGGAGAGCUGCGAGGGCAUCGGGAACCCACACUAUUUCUACAUUACCGGAGUGUUCCUGGUCGCUGGCACCGUCGCCACUUCGAUCUUUUACCUCGGAGUACUUGUGAGGUAUGUAUAGUGUUUGAAAAUGGGCGUAUAACUUGAGAACGGACCGUUUUGCAAGAAAGUGUUCAACUGAAAAGUUGUAGAACAUGGAAUUUGCAACAACUUUCUAGUUGAACAGUUUUUGAAAUAAUAAUUAGUUCUCGAGAUAUAUCACUUUCUUUUCAGUGACUCCAUCUUCGGCGGCCUUCUCGCUGUCCUCUGCUUCGCGUUCAAUCACGGUGAGGCGACGCGAGUUCAGUGGACUCCACCGCUCCGCGAAAGUUUCGCCUUUCCAUUCAUCAUUGGCCACAUCGCAAUUCUGACCUAUAUUAUCAAGUAAGAACGGUCCGCAAUGGAUCCAUAAUACCUCUAAAGUUCAGAAACCGAAAAUCCGGCCCGCCGGUCCUGCUGCUCCUCACUUCCGCCGCAAUUCCGGCCCUACUCUUCUGGCAAUUCACUCAAUUCGCAUUUUUCACCCAAAUUUGCUCGAUUUUCAUCGUUUUCUCUCUCGAUUUACUGCCGAUUUCCACGGCGAAAAGUGUGAUUGUGUCGCACAUCAUCUCAUUCUUCGCCAGCUUCAUUUUGCUGUUCGGCAACGAAAUGAUGAUCACCGCUCUCUAUUUUCCGAGUAUUAUCGGUCUGGCGGUACCGUACCCCCGGCUACAGUAAUCCUAAACCGCUAAACUUUCAGGCCGUCAUUCACAUUUCACCGUUUUUGGAACAAAUCCGAUUCCGACCGGCCUACGUCCUUAUUUUGGCUCUGAUUUUCGGCGGAAUCACUUUGGGCCUAAAAGUUGGACUAUCCAAGGGACUGGGCAUUGAGGACGAUGUAAAGGACCGUCUAAAAUACCCAAAAAAGAAUCGAUAAACUCUUUAGGCCCACAUUUUCGACAUUCUCCGCUCGAAGUUUACGAGUUUUGCCAAUUUUCACACGAGACUGUACACGUGCUCGGCGGAAUUUGACUUUCUGCAAUAUGCGACGCUCGAAAAAUUGCUUGGCACAAUGCUGAUUCCAUUUGCACUCGGUUCCGUCGCGAUUUUUGUGUUCAACUACCUGCGAAACACGAAUUUGGUGUGGAGAAGUGAAGUUGGCGAGAACGGAGAGGUACGAACGGAUAUUGUAGGGUUUGGAGAUGUUUUUUGAAAUCGGGACGUCUUGUACUUGGUUUUUGUCGUUGACCGAUUUUUUCUACGGCCAAAUCUAAGAGUAUUGUAGGUCUUGAAAGUUGAGGGCCACAUUUGUGUGCUGGCAAAGUACCUUAACUUCCAAGCGCUACAGUACUCUUAGAUGUGGUUUUAUCAAAAAAUGAUCUACUACAAAAAUGUAGUACAUGUCUAGUACAUCAACUUUGUAGUUGACAACUUUUUUUGAAACCUACUCUCAGGACUACUGUAGCUCCUGGAAGUGGAGAUACGUUCGACAUGUUCUCAAAGUACCGUAACUUUGCGAAGCUACAGUAACCUUAAGCGUAGUUUUAUAAAAAAGUUGUCAACAACGAAAACAAAGUACUAGGCCCCAAAAAUUCACAGAAAACCAAUUUGAAACUAUAGCACAACUGUGUUUUACCCAUUUUUUGAUUUCAAGUUUAUUUGCCUUCUAACCGCUAUUGUAGGCUAAAUAAACCGGCAGGAUUACUGUAUUUCGACAUAAUUUCAGAUCCUCUACAAUAUUGUGCAAUUGGCGUGCUCCACAGUGAUGGCAGUGCUCAUAAUGCGUCUGAAACUCUUCAUGACCCCCCAUCUCUGCAUAAUCGCCGCUCUUCUCGCCAAUUCCAAAUUUCUGGGCGUCUCCCAAACGGCCAGAAUCUCAUUUUUAGUCGGCCUAAUUGCCAUCCUCUUCUACAAAGGUACAGUAAUCCUACAGUAAUCGCAAACCUCACAGUUUUCAGGAAUUCCCAAUAUCCGACAACAAUUGAGCGUUAAGGGCGAGUACAGUAACCCGGAUCAGGAAAUGUUGUUCGAUUGGAUCGAGCACAAUACUAGGAAAGGUACAGUAGUCAUUUGGGGUCUACAGUAAUCCUACAGUACCAUUUUGUAGACGCAGUAUUCGCCGGAACGAUGCCGGUCAUGGCCAAUGUCAAAUUGACGACACUUCGGCCGAUUGUCAACCAUCCGCACUACGAGCACGUUGGUAUACGGUAGGUAGAUCAGAACAUAGUUGAUCUACAGUAUACUUGAACAUUUUCAGAGAACGAACACUCAAAGUGUACUCAAUGUUCAGCAAGAAACCGAUCGGAGAGGUCCACCAGACUAUGAAGGAAAUGGGCGUCAAUUAUUUCAUUUUUCAACUCAUGAAUUGUUCGAAUGAUGAAAGACGGUAAGAUUUUUGAAAACUUGACAUAUAGUACUGCAUUUUUGUAGUUGAUCACAUUUUGCUAGCAUCAAUUCUGCGAGUACUGUAGCGCUUUGAAGUUACAGUGCAUUAAAAACAUGUCUCUACUUUAAAGGGGUACAGUAGUCCUGGGAGUGGUUUUAGAAAAAAGUUGAUAACUACAAAAAUGACGUACCAGACAUGCACUACAUUUUUGUAGUUGACAACUUUUUUGUACCAUCAUUUCGAAGGCUACUGUAGCGCUUUGAAAACAACUGUCGGCGAGGUGCUCACCAACCUGGUCCCAACUUCCAAGCGCCACACAACUCGAGGGACUGGUCCUAUAAAAAAAUGAUCAACUACAAAAAUAUAGUACUAGACCUCAAGAUUUUGCAAAACAAUUUUCACAACAAUAUCUCAUUCCCCGAAUCGAGAUAAAUGCUUUUUCGUUUUUCAGGCCCGAAUGCGUGUACCGCGGCAUGUGGGACGAGGAGGAUCCGAAGAAUUCGGGCCGAACAUCGUUGUGCGAUUUAUGGAUUUUGGCGGCCAACUCGAAAGACUAUUCUCGGAUAGCGCCGUUUAGGAUUGUGUACAAUCCGAAUCGAAAUUAUAUUGUUCUUAAAGUUUGA